AAUGUGGAUAUUUCAUUUGAAAAGAGAGGGAAGGUAUGUCAGAUGAUUUAUUUAUGCAUUGUAUGCAGUGGAGGUCCUAUUUUAUUAUUUCAAUUUUGGGACUACUGUAAUGUAUUGGCGGAGGGAUGUGUUGUAAUGGGGAGUCGGAAUCGUUAUUCUCUCGCCUUGUGAUGUUCUUUCACUCACGACCUUCGACUUGAGAUAAACACUUACAAGUACACCAUUAAAGAGUGCUCCUGUUAAAAUAUGCUUAAAUAAUUAGGUAGAUCAUCUCUUCGAGGGGGAGCGGCGGUGGCCCGAAGUGCGCCGGCCCGUGGAGCUUUUGGUCGCCGGUGGCGGCGGCCGGGAUAUGGCUUCACAAAGCUGGGGUCCACUAGCAGCCGAUCCCGGCCCGUGGGUCUGUGUUUGCUGGGAACGGAAGAUGGCGCGAACAAAAAGACGCCUCUUGCCCAAUAGAUUGCGACGCGACACUCAGACCGGCGUAGCGGCUACACUGUAGCCUUCAGAGGUAGUGUUGUUUCGUUCGCGAACAUUUCGUUCAGAAGAACAAAUAUUUUUAUUGAACGAACUGAAACGAAUCAUAUUAUGAAACGAUUCAUUCUUUUAUCUUGGCCGCCACCCGCCGCCGUCAGCCAAGCGAGUUGGCUGGGAGUGGAAACCGAACUGCUGAAGUGUUCUGUCACUCACUUCUGAAUCAUCGGCGAAUGACCAAUGAGCAGCCAGCGUGCAGGCGGGGGCCGGACUUCAUUAAACGUACUGCCGUGUGAUUUGCGAUGCGCCAGCGUUGUCAAUCACUUCGGUGAAUGACCAAUGAGCAGCCAGCGACAGGCAGCGCCGUGCAAGUGAACUGAGAGAUUCGUUCAGUGAACUGGUGUACUGAGGAACUAAAGAACUGAAGUGUGAUUCAUUCAGGGGAGGGACUUAAGUGAACUGAGUGAUUCGUUCAGGGAACUGGUGUACUGGUGUACUGAAGAACUGAAGAAGUGAAGAGUGAUUCGUUCGUGGAACUUGUUCAUUUGUGAUCCGCUAAGGAGCGAUGUACUAAUACAAUGAGUGAUUCGUUUGCGCAAGGAAUGACGUACUACGCAGUGAACGUACUCAUGAGGGAUUUGAACCGCAAGUCUUGACGUCCUCGCAGGGAUAGCUUUCACUAGCAGCCGUUUCUUCAAGCUAACGGCUCAUGUUGAGUCAGUCAAGCACAUGAAAACAAGCACACAUAUUUAAAAUAAAUGUAAAUUAAUAAUAAAUGUUUUAUGUACACAUACAUAUCAUUCCCUCUGUGUCUCUAAUACGAUUAUUAAAGCUUUUUAUUUCAUUAUAUUAAUAAUAACAACACAAACUUCUAUAGUGCUUUUCAAGACACUCAAAGACGCUUUCCACUAAUCAGAUGACAAUAACAGUAAGGUGAGUGAGCAGGAAGCCAGGCUGGCGGGUGCUGGUGUCAGCGAUGCUGUCCACUGUGGUGGAAUGCAGAAAAGUCACGCUGGCUGGCGAGAAACUAGCUGGACGUCAGGGGACGCGGAAGGAUGGUCGGUAGCUGAGCUCGCUGCGCGCAUGUUCACGACUCACAACGGAAGCCAGGUGUUCAAGAGCUUGCUGAGAGAGAGAUAGGGACCUGUCCAACAACAGGAUAGGUUGCCUCUACCCCGAAAUGUUUCUGGAUCUUGGCAAUCUUUUAAAAUUAAAUAUAUCUGGGAAUAUCUUCUCCACUUUGACAGUGGGACUCCUCACACACCUUGUGUCUCUCAGAGUAUUACACUUCAGUACAGAAACUUUAUUCUGUGACUGUCAGCUGAAGUGGCUUCUCCUGUGGGCUCGAAGCAACUCAGUGAGGAUUGGCAACGACACGGUAUGCGUAUAUCCCACUCAUCUCCAUGGCCUAGAGUUCCGCAAUCUCCGUGGACAGCAGCUUACAUGUGAUGGAGCUCUGGAGAUGCCCCUGUUUCAUUUGAUUCCUUCCCAGAGGCAGCUGGUUUUCCAGGGAGACCGUCUGCCCCUUCAAUGCACUGUCACUUACUUGGAUCCUUCAGUUGAGCUGCAGUGGCAUCACAAUGGCCACACUCUGGCCACACAAGAGGACCGAGGUGUUUAUGUGGAGGAAACCUUGCUUCAUGACUGUUGUCUGCUUACCAGUGAGGUCAUCCUUGCCAACAUCGACGUGGGCCUUGCAGGCACCUGGGAAUGUCUGGUGACUAGUUCCCGUGGCAACAGUUCUCGGCAGAUGGAGAUAGUUGUCCUGGAGAUGUCUGCGCAAUACUGCCCUGCUGAACGAGUCACCAACAACAAGGGGGAGUUCAGGUGGCCAAAGACUCUAGCAGGCAUCUUGGCCUUCUUACCUUGUGCUCCUGCCACCUUUGGUUCUGCCCCUCACCCUGUGGGCAGUGCUCCUCAUGCCUCCAGCCAUAAGGAGAAGAAGGCAUGGCGCCGCUGUGACCGGACUGGACGGUGGUAUGAAGAAGACUACACUCAGUGCCCUUAUGCCAGUGAACUCACACGUGUGCUACAUGAGCUCACCCAGAUAACCAUCAACACUACCAAUGCACAGCCUUUGGGACAGCAGUUAGUGGCCUUCACCAGCAGAGCGGCUCACUUUACUGAUGUCAUGGAUGUCAUCUUUGUCACACAUCUAGUCGAGAGACUGAGCAGGCUGGUAAAGAAGCGCAAUGAACUGGGAGACUAUAUUUCAGAGAUAGCUAGCAACUUGAUGCUCGUAGAGGAGCAUAUUUUGUGGAUGGCCCAGAAUGAAGCAAGAGCAUGCACUCGGAUCGUUCAGUGUGUGGAGCGCAUCGCUGACCUGGCACUGACUGGAGACAAUCAGGCUAUUUCUAAGGUGUCUGCUAACAUAGCUCUGGAGGCCUUUCUGAUCCGACCCUCCAACUUUCUUGGUCUGUCUUGCACGGCACUCCAACAGCCUCCAUUGUCUGCCACAUCGCCCCUACUGGAAAGCCAUACCAACAAGGACAAGGAUACAAGCAGAGAACAUGACACCAUGGGCGAAUCGUUCCUCAACUUUAAAUGUGACACAAUAAAUCGAGGCUCACCAGCCAGUCAUCUCAGCAUGAACUCCGAGGCAGUCGCCUCCAUCCAUUUACCUCUGGCUGCUCCGCACACCUCCUCCUCUGCCUUGCAAUCUGUUGAUAACUCCACUUGCAGGCUGCAGUUCAUCGUGUUCCGCAAUGGCAAACUCUUCCCGUGCACGGGUAAUUCGUCCAAUCUCGCGGACGAUGGGAAGCGCAGGAGCGUGUCAACACCAGUUGCUUUCACCAAAUUAGAUGGCUGCAGCCUGGGUAGCGCCGUGCACUCCGUCACUAUUGCACUCAGACACUUCGCACUGGGGGUAGAACCCACCGCAGCCUAUUGGGACUUUGACCUGCUGGAUGGACAUGGUGGCUGGAGGGCAGAGGGCUGCCACAUAACAGGCUCCGGUGGAAACACGACCACCAUUCACUGCACCCAUCUUAAUAACUUUGCCGUGCUCAUGGAUCUGAAGAAGGUGCUGUCUUUCCCCCCAUACCCAGGGGAGUUUUUGCACCCGGUCGUGUAUGCCUGCACGGCGGUCAUGUUGCUCUGCCUCUUUGCCUCCAUCAUCACAUAUAUAGUGCAUCACAGUGCAAUCCGCAUCAGUCGGAAGGGAUGGCAUAUACUUCUGAACUUCUGCUUCCAUACGGCUCUGACCUUCGCUGUGUUUGCCGGCGGCAUCAAUCGAAUCAAAUAUCCCAUCAUAUGUCAAGCAGUCGGGUUCGUGCUACACUACUCGUCUUUAGCAACCAUGCUCUGGCUUGGGGUGACAGCGAGGAACAUUUAUAAGCAGGUGAUGAAGAAGCAUCCACAGAGCCAAGAUGGUGACUCGCCUCGACCCCCUAAACAGCCACUGUUGAGAUUUUAUUUAGUCAGUGGCGGAGUGCCCCUCAUCAUCUGUGGGGUCACCGCAGCUGUCAAUCUUGACAACUAUGGCAGCGGGGAGCAAGCACUAUACUGUUGGAUGGCCUGGGAGCCAAGUUUGGGAGCUUUCUUUGGCCCAGUGGCCCUCAUCGUCCUGGUGACAUGCAUCUACUUUCUCUGCACCUUCAUUAAGCUGCGGCGCCACCCUGAAAAGAAGUACGAGCUUAAGCAGCUGACAGAAGAGCAGCAAAGGUUGGCGGCCAUUGAUGUGCCGACCCAUUGCCAGCAGGCAGCCGAGCCUGGCGCCCUGACACCCCAGCCUCCCGGAAGCCACUGCCCCGCCGGUUGCCCAGGUGUGCCAGUUAAUCCUGCCCUGCUGGCCAAUGAGCACUCCUUCAAGGCCCAAUUACGCACAGCAGCCUUCACACUCUUCCUGUUCCUGGCAACAUGGACUUUUGGCGCACUAGCUGUGUCACAGGGUCAUUUCCUGGACAUGAUCUUCAGUUGCCUGUACGGUGCCUUCUCUGUCACGCUUGGCCUCUUCAUCCUCAUCCAUCACUGUGCCAAACGGGACGAUGUCUGGCAUUGCUGGUGUUCUUGUUGUCCUGGAGGGCGGGCCAAGACCUGCUCUGGUGCCCAUGGGAUGGGCCAAGUGCCACCUAAAGUCAACGUAAAUGGAGAUACCCCUUCGCAUGGCCAUAGUCAUGGUCACUGCCACCAUGAUUCCCCAUGUAAAGCACUGAUGAGCUGUAGUCAUGGCAGUGUAAGUCACUGUAAGCACGCUGCCCUGCCAUCAUCACAAAAUCAUGUAACUUGUUCGACACCUGUGACUCCAUGUUGCGCUGCCCUGCAUAGCCAGCAGCUAAUGGAUGAGGAACCUACUGCUACGCACGUGCUGCUUCAUGCCGAUCCAGAGGGUUACCGGCCGGGCAUCCAGUUGCACCCCUGUUUGAAGAGCAGCAGCAGGACUAAAGGCCGCCAUUUCAGCCGCCGGUCCGGCACCAGCGUUUGUGGCGUGGGGAGUGAGAGGGAAUACGCCUAUCAUAUCCCCUCCACUGUUGAUGGAGGCAGUGUGCACAGCUCACACACUGACAGCCCACACAGCACCCAUGAGCGUCACAUCCACGCUUGUCCACAUCAGGUCCACGAGGGCAUCCAUGAGGGGCAUCAUACCUGCCACACAACAGCAGCAACGGCACAUGAUGCCCUUGCAUGUCACAAUCCCUGCCACCGGCAUAUGUGCUGCGCCAAGGCGGACAUUUUCCCUUCUCUGUGCCAAGCGGAGGCAGCCAACGCAGGCGUGUUCUUGUGCGGGUGCAGCAAAGCGGCGGAGGAGGAGCCAGUUACGCUUCCCCAUUUGGAAAUGCACGCCCCUCGCAGACAAUCUUACCCCCAGAAUCCACCCAAUCAGAAUGGCAUUUAUAAGGGUGGCUUGCAUGAGGGACUCCUUUACAGCUCAGACAGUACAGGGAAUAUACGCACUGGACCCUGGAAGAAUGAAACUACUGUGUAGUCUGGGAUGUAUCUGGGCGGCACCCCCACUUCAUGCCGUCAAAGAAAACUUGCCUCCCAGAAUAUAAACCUUUUAAACAUCUCAAUCAAUGUGGGAUAAUGUCCUCAUAUUUGUAUGUGUGAGCUUUUACCUGACAGAAAUAUAUAUAAAGUUCUCAUCGAAGAACAUCUAUUCACGAAACAAUCUAUUCCAUCUAGAUAAAUAUAUGAACAAGUCAGAAGAUACAAGCGAACAAAAAUAUUUCACUACAGAUUUAUGUAUGUAUAAAAGAAAUUGAAUGGCUGUAUGUAUGGAUAUGUGUGUUAGUGCUCAAAGGCAACAAGCUGCAAGAUUUUUUUUUUACCCUUUGAGUCUGAAUCCAUCAACUGAUAAAAUUAACCAAAACUUUAAAUAACUCAUGGCAUCCAUGUUUUAGACAACUAAACCAGCAAUUUUAGAUUUCAUCAGUUUUGUUUUGUUUUUGCCAUUCAAUCAAACAGCUGUGAAUAUGGACAAGACAUUUUCUAAAUAUAACACAAAGAUACUGUUGCUUGGCUUUUAAGAGAUUUUCAUCUAAGACAAGAAAAAAAAGUCAAAUUCAAACAUGCUUUUUCAAGUUGGUGUUGUUUAUGCUUUCUGUAUGAUGUGACUUUUUUUUCUGGACAGAUGUGAUCAACAACAGUAUCACAACAUUGUGACUACGGUAUAAAGUUCGUUUUACUGAGUCCCUGGAUCCAGAGAAGUCACCCGCCUGUAACCACAUAGAUAGACACUUUAUUCAUCCACAAGGGAAAAGCAGUGAUGCCUUGAGAUACGAGUUUAAUUUGUUCAGUGACCACAUUUAACUCAAAACACUUAUCUCAAAUCAUCUUUCCCGAUCAAAAUGAAUAGAAAUGACAUUAAUCCGUUGAAGCCUUCCAAAAAAAACAACAAAAACUUUAUUUUUUUUUAGAAACAAAAUAGCUUUCUAUAAUAUUGCACUUUAUAUUUAAAAAAACAGAGUAAUGACAUAGUUAAUCAGAACGUAACGAAAUUAAAAUUUGUACCACAUUUUUUUGCCUCAAUUCACUUGACAUUGUUUUGCUCUUUCUGGUGGGCAUGUCUUGGCCACCUGGGGGCAGUGUAGUAGAGACAAGAACUCCUCAGUACGUCAUUCAUAUAAGUCGUUCUUCGCAGAAGAUAAGUUGCUACAGUGGAGGAAAUAAUGAUUUGAUCCCACUGACAAAGACAUGAACGGUCUAUAAUUUUAAUGUUAGGUUUAUGUUUACUAAAAGAAAAUCCAUAAAAAUCACAUUUAAAAAAAAAGAUGUUUUUGCAUUCAAUUGAGUGAAAUAAGUAUUUGAUCCCUCACCAACAAUAAAGAAUUCUGCCUCCCACAGACGAAAGAAGAAGAAAGCAUUCCUAAACCCGUUAGCUGUAUGAAAGAUACCUAUCUAAACUUAUUACCUGAAGAAAGACACCUGUCCACAGAAUCAGUGAAUGAGACACCAACCUCUCCAGCAUGGACAAGACCAAAGAACUUUCUAAGGAUAUCAGGGACAGGAUUGUAGACCUGCACAAGGCUGGAAUGGGCUACAAUACCAUUGGCCAGAGGCUGGGUGAGUAGGAGACAAUUGUUGGUGCAGUAAUUUGAAAAUGGAAUAAACAUAAAAUGAGUGGGCCGGCACGGUGAUCAACUGGUUAGCACAUCUGCUUCACGGUUCUGAGGAGCCGGGUUCAAAUCCGGCCUCGACUGUGUGGAGUUUGCAUGUUCUCCCCCGUACCUGUGUGGAUUUUCUGCGGGUACUCCGGUUUCCUCCCAUUGAAAACUCUAAAUUGUCCAUAGGUGUGAAUGUGAGUGUGGAUUGUUGUUUGUUUAUAUGUGCCCUGCGAUUGGCCAGCGGCCAGUUCAGGGUGUACCCCGCCACUCUCCCAGAGUCAGCUGGGAUAGGCUCCAGCACCUCCGUGACCCUGGUGAGGAUAAGUGGUAUGGAAAAUGGAUGGAUGGAUAAAUUGACUGUCAAUCUCCCUUGGUCUGGGGCUCCUCACAAGAUUUCUCCUCGUGAGGUAUCAAUGAUCAUGAGAAAGAUUAGGCAUCAGCCCAGAACUACAUGGGAGGAGCUUGUUAAUGAUCUCAAGGCAGCUGGGAUCACAGUCACCAAGAAAAACAUUGGCAACACACUAUGCCGAAAUGGAUUAAAAUCCUGCAGCACCUGUAAAAUCCCCCUGCUCAAGAAGGCACAUGUACAGGCCCGUCCGAAGUUUGCCAACGAACACCUGAAUGAUUCACAGAAUUAUUGGGAGAAGCUGAUGCGGUCAGAUGAGACAAAAACCGAGCUGUUUGGAAUCUAUUUGACUCGCCGUGCUUGGAGAAAUAUGAAUUCAGACUAUGACCCCAAGAACAGCAUACCCACCGUCAAGCAUGGAGGUAGAAGCAUAAUGCUUUGGGGGUGUUUGUCUUGCAAAACGGAGAGGUCAACUACAUCGAGGGAAAUAUGGAUGGAGCUUUGUACCGUAAAUCCUGGGUGGCAACCUCCCUCUCGCAGCCAGACAAGUUAAAAUGGGUCGUGGUCCGAAAUUGUGUGCAAACCUGGGUGGUCAACUACGUGAAAUGUCUGACCCCUGUACUGGCCAACAAGGGGCGCCAAGUAUCGAGUAAUGUUUUGAUAGGGGGGCAAAUAGUUGUUUCCCUCAAUAAAUUGCCAAAUAAUUUCAAUCAUUUGUUAAAUGUGAUUUUCUAGAUGUUCUUUUUGAUGUUCUGUCGCUCCCUGUUAAAAUACACCUCAGAUUAAAAUUAUACUGUUCAUGUCUUUGUCAGUGGGUAAACUUACAAAAUCAGUGAGGGAUCAAAGAAUUAUUUCCUCCACUGUAUAUGUAUUAUCCAUCUACAUGUGUUGUGCCAAACUUUCUGUUAAAAUAUCCAUCGGUUAUCAGGUUAGAACACCGUGACACAGAUGCAAUUCGUUCACUGCCACCAUACUACAGUGCUUGUAGUCAAAAGCAAAAAAUCUUGAAAAACCCGUAAGCCGGAUCACUCAUAUCUCAAGGCACCACUGUACACUGUCCCAAUAGUCUCCACAAUGAAAAUUAAAAAAAAAAUUACUACAGUAAUCCCUCACUAUAUAUAUAUCAGUUCACAUAUUUCUGAUUCAGUGCAUCACAUGUAUUAUUAUUUUUUUAAAUACAUAUAUCGGUCAGUGGGAUGCACAUCUCUGAUACAGUUAGCUUUAUUGGCUAUGAUUUUAAAGUGGAAGCAACAACUCACAUAAGGUCACUUGACCUCUUAUUCUUAGCAGAAAAAGAAUCCUUACUGAGUAAUCUCAACUCAUACAUUUGGUAAAUCACCAAAUUGCUCGAGGAUACAACGAACAUGACCGAAAAGCCGCUUUUUAAAACACAACCCGCAGUCAAGAGUUUUAUGAAAUAAAUUCACAACUACCAACCUGAGUCUGAUGAAUACCUAAUGCGCACACUCAUAACAAUAUCAACAAGAACAAAUAAGUAAAGAGCAACAUUUAGCUUGACUUUCUACAACUACAGUGUUGUAGUUAAAAACAUCACUGCAAUAAAUUCUGGGUUCCCGCAAUGCUUUUCGCUGACUACAUUGCCAGGACCGUGAGUGUGAGGAAUGGCACUAAUGCUUAAGGCAAGAACUCACCUGUUCACAUCAUGUCUGCUUUGACUGUUGUUCACGUCACUCAAGCAGAAUCUUUAAUAGACAUCUGCUUCGGUAGAAUGUGUGGAUGGUGACCCCAAGUGGACAAAUAAAAUACCUGAACCUCUCUAAAGUAUCACAUAUUAGCUAUGAAUUGCAUAUAUGAAACAUAAAUUUCCAUUAUAACAAUAAAUAAUUGGUCGCUACUUCGCAGAUUGCAUCUAUAUAAAAUUUUACAUAUCAAAAGUAUCCAAAGAUCUUCAAGAAAUGGCAAAUAUUAAACAUAACAUCUCAACAUGUAUUUUUUCAAUCUUUUUUUUUUUUAAAUGCAAAAAUUAAGGCAAAGUCAUAAUUCCAGCGGGGUCUGACAUUCCAGAAUAAGAUAUAUGGUGAUUAGUGUCCAAGAUGCUGAAGGAAUGUGAUAUUAGCCUUUCCCUACCACGGUGGAAUUAAAAAUCUGCAUGGCAUGGGGAAGGAAGGAUUUCCUGAGUCUGUCAGUGGAAAAGAGCAGCGAGAGCAGUGGAUUGUCCAUGAUGGACAGAAGCUUGGUCAGCGUCCAACUUUCUGCCACUGAUAUCAGUCUGUCCAACUCUUUGCCGUCUUUGCUCAAGACAGAGCUCACCUUCCUCCUCUGUUUGUAUACUUGAGUCAUAAUGUACAAUUAAUAUACCAUCCAACAUUGUGGCUUACGUCUUUCACAACACACAUAUUGAGCAUUGUUUCCUAUUUUGUCUAUUUUCUUGUCUUUCAUCUUUAUUAUAAAAUCCAAAAUCAAGCAUUAUCUGUUUUAUGCAACCAUUACUCGCUUCUCUAACAUUGUCCACCCAUGAGUAUUUUAUUUGCCUUUGACCUGGAAAGGCUGCUGCAGUUUAUUAUAUAUCAAUUCCGUCAAAGCCUUCGAUCAAGCACGCUCAAACACAAACAUGAUUCAUUCACACAUUAGUUACAGAUUUCCCAAAGAAUCCAGUAUCGAAUUUCACAUCUUUAUGGUUUGGUACUUAUGAAAGAUUAGUAUGCUGAAAGAGAAGGCAAGAGAAGCUGUGUACCAAUUGAAACUGCAUGUUUGUGUCAAUGAAUCGUGGGGUUUUUGGGAGUCUAAACACCAGUCACACAUUUCAUCAGAUAUAUAUAUAUAUAUAUAUUUUUAAGUGCAUAUAAUCCAUAUAUACUGUAGAACACAAACCCUGUUCUCUCAAAACCACCUCGGCAUGCACAUCAUGUCUUUCUCCAUUACGUGCACUCUUGUCUGUGUGAAUAAAAAGGGUUCCCGAUUUUUUUUUCUAUCAGAUUUUGAAUAUUUAUAAAUACAAUAAUUCUAUAUAAAAAGUAAUGGGGAAAUACUGAACUCAAUUUUAAUACUCAGUAUCUGAGUUUAGAAAUGUGUUGUUUUCUAAUGCCUUUUAAAGUCUUGUCAUUUUUGUUGCCAUUAACAUAAGUAUGCAGAUUCUUCAUGUGACGUGAGAAUUUUUCCUGAUAUAUCAGAAAUAGAAAUGCACUACCAAGGCAAAUGUUUGGCCUGUCCAAAUGACAUUUGUUGCCGUUUCAGUGUGAUUAUUCUAGGAAUGUUUGUCUGGACAAGUAUAAUUGAGAUUUUAAAAAAAUGUGACUUCAGUAGAAACGAGAGGAGAGAAGCAAUGCUCUGAUGCUCAAUUAUGUUUUGUUUUUUUAAUGGUGAAACCCCUGUUGUAUUAAUAUACAAUGCAUGAAUCUCCCUCUCCACAAAGUCAUUGGAUUUCUUUGAUGGUCUUGGACAAAUUUAUAGGAUGAAUUUGAGUGUUAAAACACUGGCCCGUACGUAACCUUGUGGUCACUGAGAUGCUGGCAGCCAGUCACUCUGCCUCUCCAGUUUUUGGAGAGAUUCAUUUGUUACAGUGUGUAUGGGAAAGGUUACACACAUAUACAUAAAAAUAUAAAUAGAACACACACACACAUUUUUUUAAAAAGAACUUGAAAAAGUAAUUCUUUGGCAAGACACAUUUAACUUAGAAAUCUGUGGUCUCGGUUAAAUGCUGUACAAGUACAGUAUAUUUGCUCAGUGUUUUGUUUCAAUGUGUUUGGUGUCAUAGUGCCACUGUAGAACACCCUCUCUAUUGUCAGCAGUAGCAGAUGUGCUGUCCCAAAUGAGCAUGACGGCUUAGUUUCGGGUCACAUGGCAGAUGCUUGAAAACUGACCAGUGGUACUGUGACAAAACCCAAAGCCAGUUUUCACUUUUUUCUACAUUGACACAGAUUCCAAUAAAUGUAUUUUUUCACCAUG